GGACUACUUUUGUGGAAUUAAUUUCGGCCCAGUGACGCACUUUCCCCUUAAAAUUUUUGAUAAAAAAAAUCCCUUUUGCCUCCGCACUCGGUCGUUACCCCCUCAUUCUUCUCCAUAGUAGAGCAGACGAUAGUACCAUAAUUCCUCUGGCUUCCAAUCACUGUGACCCUUCCUCCUCCUCUACCACCACUUGUCGCCCACUUCAACUUAAGCAGGUCAGCAACUAAUGGCUAGGUUAAAAGAUCAACAAUCUGUACGUGUUCCAAAAACUAAGAAAGAUAGUCCGGGUGCCUCACAGGUUAACCACCUGGGUGAAGACAGUUGGAUAAUAGUCAAGAAGCAGAAAGUUACAAUUUUGAUCCCACCCUUACCUGCACCUAAGCAUUCCACAGUGCAUAAUGCUGGAGAAAGCCUGCUACAUGUACCAACAGUUAAACCUACUGAUACUCAACCACAUCAAGUUGAGAUGCAUACUGAAGCAUGUGUAGUUUGUGAAAGGGAGGUGCCCAAGUCUUUGGCACCUGAACUUGCUAUACCAAGAGUUGCCGAAGUAGCUCCACAAUUAAUUUCUCAGUUCCCAAGACCAUUAAGGCACAGUGAAAGGGAGCGUUUAGAAAGUCGACCAAUGCAUAGUUUCAGGACUAGUAGAACCACUGGUGUUUGCUCCACCUCUAAGAUUACCAAGCUAUCAAUUAUCUCUGCUGAUAGGGGUGCAAUGAUAAAUAAAAGAAUCAGAUCGAUAAAUCUUGUGCGCAAGCUAGAAAGUGCUGGAGGCUUGAGAAGUUGGCUGGUUUCAAGGGGCUUUGAUCAUUUUGUGAACAUCUUUCAAACCAAGAGCAUUACCAAGUAUCAGUUGGCCAAUCUGACCAUGGAAAAGCUCAAGGAGAUGGGUUCACAUGCUGUUGGUCCUCGGAGAAAACUGAUACAUGCUAUUGACUGCCUUUGCCAUCCAUACUGUUUUGACCAUCCGUGAUCUCACGAGACAAUAUGACCUUUGUCAGUGAGAUGCUACUACCGUAGAUUGCUCGGCUCAAAAAGUUAGUUACAAACUGAUCAGGCAUGUGCAACAAGAGUUGUCACUAUGCCUCGUAAAUUUUCAGAUAUUUGAUUUGGUGCCUGCCACUUGCCUGUAGAAGUAUAAUAGAAUGCAAUUGAACCACUUAAAGAACGUCAAUUUGCAUUUGAUGGUUAUUUUGGCGAAGCGGUCAAACUUUGGAUCAUGAAGUAUCUCCUUAAGGACUUCAUCUCAUCCUCAAAUUGCAUUUGGUAACUGUUUUACUUCAACAUUUUUUUUGACUACUUCAGCUUGUAGAUAUAAAGCAGAAAGAGAGCUGAAGUGUUGGCCCUCAACAUGGCAGGCCUGUGAAUCCUAAUCGGGCUUGCAAGGAUUAUCUGAGACAAGUGUAAAAUGAAAGAUGGUGAAAUGCUGUUUGAAUCUUCUGAAUGCUUCUAAAUGCUAGAAUUCCUCUUACAUCGAGGCUGUAAGUACCAUGGAGUACAAGUAUUCGACAAUUUAUUAUUCAAGAGUGUUUUAUUAUUUCAGUGGUCGCAAAAAAGUUGAACUAAAUUGUGUUCUCUAACUAAGAGUUGGUGAAGAUCUGAAGUUGGUUAUGAAA